AGCAAAGCAAAUACCAAAUACCAAAAAUAUCCAUACAAAAUGUCCUCAAUGCAAAUAUCGGAAAUGUCGAAGACGUAUCAGUACCGCAAGGUGAUGAAGCCGCUGCUGGAACGCAAACGGCGUGCACGCAUCAACAAGUGCCUAGAUGAGCUAAAGGAUCUGAUGGUGGCCACGCUGGAGUCGGAGGGCGAGCAUGUUACACGCCUGGAGAAGGCCGACAUACUCGAGCUGACCGUCACCCACCUGCAGAAGAUGAAGCAGCAGCGCAAACACAAACGCGCCAAUGGUGGAUCCGAGACACUGACACCCGCUGAGGGAUUCCGUUCUGGCUACAUCCACGCCGUCAAUGAGGUCUCCCGUUCGCUGUCCCAACUGCCCGGCAUGAACGUCAGCCUGGGCACACAACUGAUGACACAUUUGGGACAACGACUGAAUCAACUGCAGCCUGCAGUGAAGGAGGUGCUGCCAGUGACAUCGCCGCUCUCCGUGCACAUUGCCAGCCGUGAUGCCUACUCAGUGCCCAUUUCACCCAUCUCCAGUUUCGCUGGCAGCCCCAAUUCCAGUGUGGUCAGUGAACACCUGGGCAGCGCCUCCCUCUUGACCACUUGCUCCAGCAGCCUCAGCAUCGAUGUUGGCAAAAUGGAUGAGGUCGACAGCGAGGAUGAGGAGAAUGUCUGGAGGCCAUGGUAGAACCACAGCACAAGCAGAACGAUAGAAAGAGAGA